GUUGGAAGCAGCAAAAACGCAAAAUGUACUAGUUUCUCUUUCUCACUACGUACGUCUGAAUACUAAAAACUCCAUCAGUAAUAAUUGCGAGUUAAAUUGAAUGAGUAGUGUUUAUUCGGUGAAGUUUAAUAGUCCGACCUAGACAUAUUAUGAACUUUGCCGUUUAUCAUUGAGUGCUGUAUUUCGGUGACAUUAGUUUUAGUGAAAGUUAUUUUCAGGAGAAACCUCACCUGGAUUAAGAUCUGGUGCAAAAUUGUAGAUAAUCUAUAGAUAAGGAAAAACGCAGGAACUAAGCGACAAUAUGAGUGAUCAACAAUCACGAGACCAGCCACGUGGAGUGGAAGCAUUGAAACAACACAUCAUCCUUAACAAGAUCGACACCGCGCUGUGGGCAUCCCGAGUGCUGACCAUAAUCUUCACACUCGGAUACGUCAUUCCAAUCUUCGGAAAUCCUACUAAUGCAUACUACAAAGCAUUAAUGGCCAACGCCGCCACAAGUGCCCUUCGUCUGCAUCAACGUAUGCCAGCUUUUCAGUUUUCCCGGGCCUAUCUACAACAACUGCUGCUGGAAGACUCCUGUCACUACCUGUUGUACUCACUCAUAUUCCUUUACGCUUAUCCGGUGCUGUUAAUUAUUUUCCCAGUGACCCUGUUCGCCGUUCUACACUCAGCUAGCUAUUCGUUGACGCUGCUUGACACGCUUGGUCAAAACUCCUGGUGGGGAGCUAGGCUUCUUAUUUCCCUGGUUGAAUUCCAAACCAGAAACAUCCUUAGGUUGGCCGCUUUCGCGGAAAUUUUCAUCAUGCCACUGGCAAUCGUAUUAGUAUUUGUAGGAAAAGCUGGUAUUAUGACCCCACUAGUGUACUAUCAAUUUCUGGUACUACGAUACUCAUCCCGUCGCAAUCCUUACACCAGAAACGUUUUCUACGAGUUGCGUCUCGUAACGGAAAACUUUGCUAAUGGUGCUCGCACACCGCCGGUAAUUCGUAAGGUGCUUCAUAGUAGCAUUGGUAUCGUCAGUCGAUUAGCUCCACCGAUGCAGCAGCAGCAGCAACAACAACAGCAGUAACGAGAGGCCGCUAAAACGUAAAUUCUACUAGCACGAAAAUCAUCAUUUCUAAUUCAUGUGAAUGGUCACCAGCACCACUAAAUCUUCAUGUGGGUAAGGUCACUAAAAGGAUGCACCCGACCAUUGGGUAGGCAGCAAAGUUUAGUUAUUCGGUAAAAUGCCUUUCUUUAGAAGCAUACAUCAAUCAUUUAUAGGAUAUGGGACGUAACUUGUAAGUUAUCCUAUUAACACUUUUUUUAAUGAUAACACAAAUAAAAACAAUCAAUGCCUAAAGACAGCGAAGUGACGUCAACCAUCCAAUCCGAAGCAUCAUUCCGCAUUUGGUUCUUAAGUGAAAAUAUUCGACGAUCAUGUAAAGAAGAGAGCAUUUCGAAUUUGUUAAGCGAAGUUGAGUGUUGUAUUGAUGUUGCGUUUCAAUUUGUUUGUUGAAUAUAAAAAAAACACAUCCAUUUCAAUUCUUGCAAAGGAAAGUUAGUAUAUAACAACAACGACAAAGAUGCACAGGUAUGGAUGGGUAAUAAAUGUUUCUACUUAAGUUAAAAAA